AUGGAUUCAGUUUCAAGUUUUUUCCAAUGGGAAAAUGAAGAAGGUGGUGGUUCACAAAGAAGUCAUAUCAAGAGUAGCUCAAGUUCUUCAUUACCUUUUGAUUUUAAUUUCUUCAAUCAUAAUAAUCCAUCGUCGGCUGAUGAUGAUACACAGCAACAAAUUCAAUCUCAACAAACUGGUGGUUCAUCUCAAAAUGAUCCUGAUACAUCAAUAUCAUCACCAUCAACUAAAAUUAAUAAGAACUCACCAAUCAGUACAAAACAAAAACAACAAAAUUAUAUGUCUCAACAAUUAACUGAUAAACUUAUAGAAAAAUUAUUUUCAAUUGCAUUACCUCCAUCAAGUGAAGUUGCUGCAGAUGCUUUAGAAGGAAGAGUUCAAGCUGGUAAACUACGACCAGGACUUUCCGUUCAAACAAUGAGUAGAAAUUUUAUUCAAUUAAAUUCAAGAUUAUCUUUCCCUUUUGAAUUAAUUGAUAAAAUAAUUAAAUUUUUCAAUUGGGAUAAUCCAAAAUUAACUUUAACUAUUUUAGUUAUUUAUACUCAUUUAAUUUUAAAACCAAUGGCAAUGUUAUUUGCAUUACCAUUUUUCCUUAUAGUGAUUUAUAUUAUGGUACCAGCUUAUACUUUAGUUCAUCAACCUGAAAAUCAUUCAAUCUUGGGUAAAUCAAAUCCUAUCUUAGCUGAAGGUCCACAAUUAAAUGAGAUUGAAAUUCCAAAACCUGCACAUGAAAUUUCAAGAGAAUUUAUAUUAAAUUUAACAGAUUUACAAAAUCAUAUGUUAUUAUAUGUUAUUGCAUGGGAUUUUAUAAAUAAUUUAUUAAGUAAAUUUGCUUAUUUCAUUGAUGAAUCAAUUUCAAGUUUUUUUUAUCUAAGUUUUUUAUCAAUUGGUUUAGGAUUUUAUUUAUUUAUUGAUAAAAUUUGGUGGUUAAUACCUUUUAAAUUUUUAUUAAUUUCAUUUGGUUGGGGUUUAACUAUAAUUUUCCAUCCUUUAUAUAAAGAUUUUUUCUUUAAUUUAAUUUAUUCAGAAAGAACAAGAUAUUAUUUUUUAAAUAAAACAAAUAAAUUUGAAUCAAUAUUAGAGGAAAAUUUUGGAUUUAUUGAACCUCAAGAACAAAGAGAAGUGGAAAUUUUUGAAAUUCAAAAAUUUGAUAAAGAAUCAAAAGAAUGGAAUUUUUUUUGUUAUUUAAAUAAUGAUUUUACAAAAUUAUCUCAAAAAAGAUUAAAUUGUAAAUAUCAUAAUCAUAUUAAUAAUAAUAAUUAUAAUAAUUUUGAUAUGAUUGGUACAAAUCAAAUUCAAAAUGUUAAACCACCAAAAGAUUGGGAUUUUAUUAAAAAUGAUCAAUGGAAAAUUGAUUUAAAUCCUGAAAAUUGGGUACAACAAAAUUUACUAAAUGAUUUUGUUAAAAUUGAUAAUGAAACUAAAUGGGUUUAUGAUUUAGAUAAAAAUGAUUUUAAAGGUGAAUUUAGAAGAAGAAGAUGGAUUAGAAGUGUAACAAGAUUUUCUGAAAUUGAAUUUAAUAAACAUCAAAAUGAAAAUGACGUGGAUCAAGAUCAACAACAAGCUUCACAUUCUCCAACAACUUCACAUUUUGAAUUAGAUUCUUCAAGAACUUAUUCAUCAUGA